AUCCUAGUAAUAGUGCUUUUUUCUAGGGAAAAUAUUAUGCUUUUGUUAUUGUAUUUCUGUUAUAAUAACUUGUAAUGUUUAGAAGUUCAUACGUUCGUUUUUCAUAUUAGAAAGAGUGUAAAAAUCUCUGUACUUAAACGUACAGUAAACAUAGUUUCUUACAUUCUUAUAAUAGAAGACUAAAGAAUAAUUUAAUUAUAAACAGUGCGUUUAAAGAUCUUAUAUGACUUUCAUGUGCAAUUCAAAGUACUCGUUGAAGUAUUAAUUGGACAUAAUAUGGGACAUAAUGUUCGUUUAUUAAGAUUUGCAAAAAUUGUUACUUAAUUCUAUUUCAGCUAUUUUUUCAUUACCUAUUCAGAAAUCGAAAUGGCAAUUUGGUUAUUUACGUACAUGUGUAAAUGUAAAUGAAAAUAAUACACAUGCAAAUGAAACCGGAUGUAUACAUUUCUUAGGCAUGCGCAUUACUGUAUUGUGACUUUUUUUUCCGUUUCUCACUGACGUCAAUUUUCCAUAUACUUGCAAAAAAACGCGUUACGCGACCUUUAAAAGUUUGUAUUUAAUUAUUUUCUCACAGAUAUAUCUAUUUUCUGUUGUAUUUGUAAACUUCGUAAAUCUUGUGUGAAAUAAAACGUUUGUAUGGUGAGUUUGAUCUGUUGAAAAUUUCAUCGUAUUACUUGUUAAAAGUGUACGAUACAAACAUGCAAGUGCAAGAAGCAGAAGGAGCUGAUGGUUCACCAUGGAACAAUUCGAGUGGUUGCGAUGAAGAACGUCGGCCAGCUCAAAAGGAGGGUAAAAAAUCGAAUAUAUUACCUCUAUGGGGAAAUGAAAGAACAAUGAAUCUGAAUCCGUUAAUUUUAACAAAUAUACAGUCAUCACAUUAUUUCAAAGUGAAUUUAUAUGAACUGAAAACAUACCAUGAAGUUAUUGAUGAAAUUUACUACAAGGUGUCUCAUUUGGAACCAUGGGAGAAAGGAAGUCGGAAAACAGCGGGCCAAACUGGCAUGUGUGGAGGUGUGAGUAUGUUUUCUUGUAUGUUAUCCAUUUGCAAUUGUUAUUUAUUGACAUUUAAAACUAAGACAGUCAUAGAGACGUCACGUAUAUAGAAACAGUCCAAAUUUAUAGCAUUUUAGAGGACCUGGACACUCUAUGAAAUGAGAACUGCUAAUAAAAAUAAAAAAGGUGAAAUCAUUUAAAGCAAAUCAUUCAAAGUGAGAGCUCUAAGUCUUAGGCUGUCGCUGAUAUCACAUAAUCAGAUAUCAGGGUCAAAAUAAAGACUUAAACUGGUCUGAAUAUAGAUAAUGAGCAGACACACUUAAUGCCAUACUUAAUUGCAGAGUAGCAUGUUCUCGGUCAAUAAAUUAUAAUGUAAUAUGAAUGUGAUUAAUUGACAUAGGGGGGUGUAAAUUUAGCGGUUCAUGCAGGUCCGAGGAGUUGGUGCUGGUGGAAUUGUCUCAACGGCGUAUUGUCUACUAUAUAAACUCUUCACCUUGAGGUUAACAAGGAAACAAUUAAAUGGUCUUAUCAAUCAUCUUGAUUCACCAUAUAUUCGGGCAUUGGGAUUUAUGUAUAUUAGAUAUACGCAACCACCAGCAGAUUUAUUUAAUUGGUAUAGUGACUAUUUAGAAGAUGAAGAUGAGUUGGAUGUGAAAGCUGGUGGAGGACAAGUCAUGAAGAUGGGUGAUAUUCUCAAACAAUUUCUUACUAAACUAGAGUGGUUUUCAACCUUAUUUCCAAGAAUACCAGUGCCUAUACAGAAAGAACUCGAGCAUCGAUUAGCAGAAAGAUUUCCUCAACAGUCUAUGAACGCCAGAAAUGCAAAACCACCUAUUACCUUAAAUAGUCACGGAAAAUAUAGUAAUAGCAGUAGUAGGAAAGAUAACGGCAAUCUCACCUCACGGAAUCAACCGCGACAUAUCCCAGACAGUGAAGCUCAGUGGGGUGAGGCUGAAAGAACAAGCCACUGGCGAGCCAGAUCUGAUGAAGACCGCAAAGACAAAUACAGGGAUCGAGAGCGUGAACGAGAUCGUAUGAGAGAAAGAGAACGAGAACGUGCACGAGAAAGAGAUCGAGAAAGGGAUCGACAUUGCAGACGAUCGAGCAGCCGUGAUCGAAGUCGAAGACAAAGAGAGUAUAGAAGUCGUAGCAGAGACAGAUCACACAGAGAUAGAAGUAAAGAUCGUUAUCGUGAUAAAGAUCGUCAUCGGGAUAGGUAGUAUACGUCAUCUUUUAAAUAUGUUGUUAACUAUAGACUUUUAACUCCUUGUCAAUUACAGGAGAGGUUCGCCUUAUAA